GCUGUGGUAACUAGUGACCCCAGUGCGUCCCUGCUGCUGGGGUGUGAUUGGAGGGAAACCCCGUGGACUCGACAUUCAGACCGGCUGUGAGAGAAGCAGCUGUGUAACGUAGCGAGCCACACCGACAACACCACUAGCCCUUUGCACUCAGUCCUGAGUAGCCAUGGUUGACAAGAGCGAGGUGGUUCAGAAGGAGCUGGUCCAGAAGGCCAAGCUGGCGGAGCAGGCCGAGCGCUACGACGACAUGGCGGCCUCCAUGAAGGCUGUGACGGAGGAAGGCACCCAGUUGUCCAACGAGGAGCGGAACCUCCUCUCUGUGGCCUAUAAGAACGUGGUGGGCGCUCGGCGUUCCUCCUGGAGGGUGGUGUCCAGCAUCGAGCAGAAGACUGAGGGCAGCGAGAAGAAGCAGGCCAUGGCCAAGGAGUACAGGGAGAAGAUAGAGAAGGAACUGAAGGAGAUCUGUAACGAUGUGCUGGGUCUUCUGAACCAGUUCCUCAUCCCCAAUGCUACUCCGGCCGAGAGUAAAGUGUUCUAUUUGAAAAUGAAAGGAGAUUACUACCGCUACUUAGCCGAGGUGGCGGUUGGAGAGGAGAAAGCCGCCAUCAUCGGUAACUCCCAGGAGGCCUAUAAGGAUGCGUUUGAGAUCAGCAAGAAGGACAUGCAACCCACCCACCCGAUUCGUCUGGGCCUGGCUCUCAACUUCUCUGUCUUCUACUACGAGAUCCUCAACUCCCCCGAGCAGGCCUGCAAACUGGCCAAGACGGCUUUCGACGAUGCUAUUGCAGAGCUGGAUUCUCUGAGUGAAGACUCCUACAAAGACAGCACCUUGAUCAUGCAGCUACUGAGAGACAACUUGACACUGUGGACCUCAGACAACCAGGGAGAUGGAGAGGAUGCUGAGGAGGGUAGAGACUGACCUGGUUCCUGUUCCCUGGUCUGUCUGUCUGACUGACUGUCAUCAUCCUCUAUCUAUCAACACUGAGACAGACAGACUGACCACCUCAUCCUGCCCAACGCUUCUCUUUAGUUCUGUCUGUCAUGUCGUCUCACACCUCCAUACGUUUACUCUUCUUUCGGGAAUCAUUGUGG